AUGAAAUCAUCCUUCAAAUCAGAAUUUCCCUUUGAAAAAAGAAAAGCUGAAUCAGAGAGAAUAUCAGAUAAGUUUAAGAAUAGAAUCCCAGUUAUCUGUGAACGUGCAGAGAAAUCUGAUAUACCUGAAAUUGACAAAAGGAAAUAUUUAGUACCAGCAGACUUAACUGUUGGGCAAUUUGUUUAUGUCAUAAGAAAAAGAAUUAUGCUACCACCAGAAAAAGCUAUAUUUAUUUUUGUUAAUGACACUUUGCCACCUACCGCAGCUUUAAUGUCUGCCAUCUAUCAAGAGUAUAAGGAUUCUGAUGGGUUUCUAUAUGUAACUUAUUCAGGAGAAAAUACUUUUGGGUAUAAAUAA